AGAGAGAGAGAGAAGGGAACAAGGAAAGAAAGACAAAGAUAUGAGGAAUACAGAAACAAGGAAAGAAAGAGACAAAUGAAUCAGAAAAACAGCACAGACAGAUAACGCAGAGCCAAAGAAACAGGCAACGGGAGGGACAGAAACAGAGAGGAGGCAGAGGGACGGGGGAGCCAAGGCAGAGAGGCAGAGAACGCGAAGUUUGGAGGGGCAGGUGGUCGGGGCAGGCUCUCCCACUCCCCUCAUCUGGAGGCCUGCCUCCCCCCCACGGGGGUCACCGACCCUGCCUGGGCGCCCUCCUCGGAACCUCCAAGUGGCCCCGGCAUGGAGGAGGGCAGGCCCCGAAGCAGCCUCAGCUUGGCCAGCAGUGUGUCCACCGUGUCCUCCGUCAGCCUCAGCGCCAAGCCCCCCCGGGCGGUCAGCCGAGUCCAUGCCUUUGGGAAAAGGGGGAGCUCCCUGCGCAGGGACCCCAACCUGCCUGUGCACAUCCGGGGCUGGCUGCAUAAGCAGGACAGCUCGGGCCUGCGGCUGUGGAAGCGGCCUUUUGUCCCCGGCCCUGCCUUUAUUACAAGGGGACUGUGCCGAGGAUGCCCCGUUGGGGGCCCCCCGCCCCUCCCCCGCCGGCCCCGUGCCCCCUCCGGGGCCCAGGCGCCCGGGGCCCACGGUGGUCCUCCCCCUCCCCCUCCCCAGGCGGAGCACCCUGGCAUGAGGACCUACGUCCUGGCGGCCGACACGGUGGAGGACCUCCGGGGGUGGCUGCGGGCGCUGGGCCGCGCCUCCCGAGCCGAGGGCGAUGACUAUGGCCCCCAGCCCCCGCCCGCCGGGCCCCCGGCUGGAGAAGGUCCCUGCGGCCCCGGGGGGCCGCCCGAGGCGGGAAGCGGCGACGAGGGCCGCAGCGCCGAGUCCCCGGAGGUGGCCAGGAUCUCCCGCAGGCGCAGGGAGCUCACCCCCAGCCCUCCCCCCGGGCUCCCGGCGCAGCGGAGCAGACCCAGGGCGAGGAGUCCCGAGCUGCUCUCUCCCUUCUCCCGCCCCCCCUCGCCCCUGGGGCUCCCCCGGCCGCGCUCAGCCCCUGCCCACCGUCCCUCCGCUCUGGCGGGGGGAGACGCCCGGCCCCACACCCCCCUGAGCCGGAUCGACGUGCGGCCCUUCCCCGAGUGGGCCCCCGCCUCAAGAACCUUGUCCCGCCCCCCCACUCCCCGACGGGCGGCGCCAUCGGACUCGGGGGCAUCCAGACCGCCCAGGAGCCCCCAGCACUGGGCCGCUGAGCUCGGGGCCAAGCAGCCUCAGCCGCCGCCCGGCCCCCUGCUGGACGCCCCCCUGCACCGCAGCGAGGACACCGACGUGCUCCUGACCAGGCUCUGCGGGCAGGACAGGCUCCUGAGGAGGCUGACGGAGGAAAUGGCCAAGAGCCAGGAGGAGAAGGAGCGCCUGGAGGCGGCCCUGGAACUCACCCGCCGGGCUGUCGGGGAGCCGGAGCCGGGAGGCAGAGCCUGGGGGCGCCUUCGGCUUCUGCAGGACCGCCUGGUGGGCGUCAGAGCCGCCCUCUGCCACCUGACUCAGGAAAGAGAGCGGGUUUGGGACACCUACAGCGGCCUGGAGCAGGAGCUGGGGACUCUGCGGGAGACCCUGGAGGAUCUGCUGCACCUGGGGUCUCCUCAGGCCAGGGUCUCUGCCCAGCAGCAGCUGUGGAUGGUGGAGGACACGUUGGCCGGCCUGGGGGAUCCGAGCUGGGGCCGUACCCAGAGGGAUGGGGACGGAGAGGGUCCUGCCGCCCCGCCAGGUCCUGGGUCACCCAGUUUCCCAGGCCCGGCCCGACAUCCCCGCCCCCCCACCCCACCCCGCACUCCAGGGCUGGGGCCCAUGGGUUUCCCCAAGGGGGGACGGGGUCCGGAUGGUCCCAGGAGGGAGGAGGGGGCCCCAGGGGGGGAACCUGGCCCCUCCCAAAGAAGGGGGCACAGGCAGCUGGAGCCUGGAUCCGAGAGAGAGGGGCCUCUCCUGGACUCCAUGGGUCCCGCAGGGGCUCCUCAGCAGUGGGUCCGGAGCUCCGGGUCCUGGAGCAGCUCUAGGAGUCCCUGGCCCUACAUCCCCACCCCUGAAGGACAUCGGGAAAGGGUCCUCAGCCUGUCCCAGGCUCUGGCGACCGAGGCUUCGCACUGGCAUAAGUUUAUCACAGGUCGAAGCCCUGAAGCCCCUCCCGACUCCACCUCCAGGCUGACUCCGCCCCUUCGAUCGCCUCCCGUCGGGUCUCCACCUCCCUCGGGGCGGGGCCGAGGGGGCUCCUCCAUUUGGGCCCCCACGUGGGGAGGGGCGGCUCCGCCAGAUGAGGGGGCGUGGCCUCUGCGAGUUACACUACUCCAGUCCAGCUUCUGACACGCCAGCAGAGCUGCACCCAAUUGGAGGCAGAGGGGCGGGGCUAGGCUUCAGGAGGCGGGGCCUGAGGUGCCUCAGAAGACAUGUCCAUCUCUCCAUCCCCCUUUUCUAUGCCAGUUUCGAUUAAAUUCGUUGUAAUCACCGAG